UCCAGACAGAGUCAGGGUGGAAACCUCCUGUCAAGUUUCACUCUGAGCCUGAGAGCAUCAGCAUUUUAACAGACUCUCUUCUUCAUUGUUCUCCUCCACACUGGGCUCUCUGUGUUUUUCAGAUGACUGUGUCGAUGGCAGUCAUUCUUCUGAAUAUCUGAUUUUCAGGAACAAAACCUUGGCUUCAUCACUGCUCUGUCUCUGUUGUAGUCGGGCAAGCGUGGCGCAUGGACACUGACCGGGCGCACAAUUCUCAUUGAGAAACGUCAAUUUUUCAGCACAAAGUUAUUGAUGUCCCAUUUUUUUUUUCUUUUUGGUAUUUCAAUAUUUAUUUCCCUAAGGAUGCUCGUCUUAACCUGGAAUAAAUGCUGUAUUGUGAUGUUUCUCGUCGCCACACUGAAGACUGGGACAUCCCAGGGAUCAGACGCGCGACCAAAAGCGAACUCCAUCAAGCCAGCUCUGCUGGAGGAGACACCUACACCCGCUACAAACCGCUCUGCCACGGGCCACAGCGGGAUCACCAAGAAAUACAACAUCCUCGCGCAGCAGGUGUAUCCGUGCAGCAGUGAUAAGGAGUGCAGUUUAGGAAGCUACUGCCACAGCCCUCAACAGGCUCCGUCUCGCUGCCUAACCUGUCGCAGGAGGAAGAGGCGCUGCCAUCGAGACGCCAUGUGCUGUCCUGGGAACCGCUGCAGCAACUAUAUUUGCGUCCCUAUCUCUGAGAGUGUGCUCUCGCCUCAUCUCACAGCUAUAGACGAGCACAACAAACUCUCCACCAAAGAGCACAACUGGAGGAAGAGUGGGAAAGCACAUGCCAAACAUACUCUUAAAGGACAUGAAGGCGACCCUUGCCUCCGCUCAUCAGACUGCUCGGAGGGCUACUGCUGUGCUCGCCAUUUCUGGACCAAAAUCUGCAAGCCAGUGCUUCGGCAGGGUGAGGUGUGCACCAAGCAGAGGAAGAAAGGCUCUCACGGUUUGGAAAUCUUCCAGCGCUGCGACUGUGCCAAGGGCCUAUCCUGCAAGGUGUGGAAAGACGCCACCUCAUCGUCCAAGUCCAGGCUCCACAUGUGCCAGAAGAUCUGAAGCAGAGGCAGCUGCUGUCGGCGUCCAGGCCUCUGUCUCCAUCUGCCAGGGAAAGUUUUUUUUUUUAUAAAGGAUGGGUUGUGGCUGUAUUGAAAGGAGUAAAAGACAGAGACUAACAAGAGACAGAACAGACUGCGUGGGUUCAAGCUCGCAUUCCGGCAAGUGGCGAACAAACGGGAUUGCUUUUAUGUGCCUGCUGUGCGUGGUCCAUCCUUGCACCAACAUACAAACAUGUACCCCCAACACACAAGCACACACACGCACCUCAUGAGUUUGUGAAAGGCAAUGAUCCUAUGGUUUCCUUACUCACGAUUGCGAAAAACUUUUUACAGUUUCUCAUGACAUUCAGGGAGCCACAAAGUUAGACGAUAGAUGUUGUGAUAGGUGUGGAGCUUUUUCUCUAGAUGGAGAUAAUGGAAGUAGCACUCUUUCAUCAAGCUAUAGCUUAUGGUAACAUGACUAUUUACAAACAAGCCAUAUUUCUAUUUACUGCACAGAGCUUUCUUUACCAAAUUCCAUAGGAAAAUCAGUUGUGUGAUUCUCUGUCUUUCAUUACUGGAUCUUUUUUCUGCCAUGUUGUUGUUGUCUGAUUUGUUAAAUUUCAAUAUCUCACUCUUCUUGGUGUUUGUCAUAAGUCUUAAAGAAUUUAGUUGUUAUGCCAGACAUUUACAACCAGUAACAACGUCCAGACCUAUCACAUACCAGCUAUAUUAUACGAGGAACUAAUUGCAUAUACAGUUUACUCCAGAGCUCAGCUUGUGUACUGCAGCAGCAUCCUGAGAGUUCAAAAAAUUCUCUUAAACCAAAGAAUGAAAGAACAUUUAGAUCAGAGUGAUGAGUUUCAUCUGGGACAUUAGCUCCUCGGUUGAUUUUUAGCCACAAGAGAAGAGAUAAAGCACUGUGUCCGUUGUGGAAACCUCGUUUGAUCUGUCAGAUACAGCUGCAGUCUAUUGUGAUACAACUGUGUGGGUUCAAACAGUUGGAGCUGAGGUGGUGCUUCACUCCAGACUUCGUGGUUCUGAUACCAGACUUAGAAAGGUUCUGCUUGGAAGUUCUGCAAGGUUGAAAGUGCAAAUUGUGUUCUAUUUACAACUCCAGUAGGAAUGGAAACGCAGGAAGAUGGAUGAGAGUUGCUGAAACACUCCAUAAACCUCAAGUUUUCAAAGAGACUUCUACUUUGAAUCACUUUUUUUUUCCUGUUAGAAAUGACUGCAUACUCCCCUUUUGUAAAACAAUAUGCAAUUUUACUCGAGGUGCAGCAAUGCUUUAUUUCAGUUCAUCUUUAAACAUAGCCAAUAUAAUAACGCGGUUUCCUCUCUUUGCUUUAAUGUUUUUAAAGCAUCAAAUACACAUAUUUUGUACCCAUUCAAAACAUCAAUAAGCUCUUAUAUUGUAAAUAGAUUGGAAGCAAUGAAAAUGUAUUUAAGAGUCAAUGUAUAUCAUGUACAUAUAAUAAAAAAUAUGAAUCUUAAACAUUACCGUUAAAUGAUUUAGGUGAGAAGAGUAAUGAGGGGUGAAAUUCAGAACAUUGUAGUGAAAAUGGUAAAAGCUGCGUGUAGGCAAAAAGGUGUAGGCAUAGAUAGCUUUGACUGAUAUAGCAGACUGGAUACAUCGAAAGGGAAUGCCAAAAGGAGAGACAAGCACAUUACUUUCCAAAACAGUUUGUGUAAAUGGUGUGUAAAUGGUGUCAAGAUUUAUAUCCCACUAGAUAUGUUUUUGUUUAUACAUUGCAUUGAUUUGUUUUGUU